AUGAGCGACCUAGCAAUAGGAAGUGGCGCUAGCCCUAUAAUUGAUAUCAAUGAGACUCUUGUAUUAGAUUCAUUCGAUGGUUCGGAGCCAAUAUGCGCCUCAUCUAUUCAAAAUCAUUCGACAACCCGUCCGACCAAAGCUCCAUGGAAGAAAUUGCUAUACUUGAAACAACCGUACCCAGACAACUACACCGAUGUUUCGUUUUUAUCACAAUUGAAAAGAAACACCACUGUGGCUAAAUACUCGUAUUUUCAGUUGGUCGAUGACUUCAUUUUGAUUGUGUUUUAUAUAUCAUGUAUUUUGCUUGUGGACUUGAUGUUCAUUGGAAUUUAUGCCAAAGGUUGGGAUCCUGUUAUACCAACAGCUUUUAGCACAACCAUGUGUGUGUUCAUAUAUGGUCUUUUGCGUUACCAUUACCUGCUCUCUUCAAUUUCGAGAUCCAACUUAAAUCUUAAAUCAUUCGUUUUGAUAUCGUUCAUGAUCUUAAUUGUUUCCCCUAUACUCAAAUCCUUAACAAAAUCUACUUCAUCUGAUUCCAUCUGGGCUAUUUCGCUGAUUUUAUGCAUCGUCAACUCGGUAUUUUAUGAAUACUCCUCCACAAAAGUAUACAAACCUACUAUAUCCACCAAUAUUUCAGUCAGUAAUGCUAUUGUAUUGGCAUCACGACUAAAUUCAACGUCACAGGUGUUUGUGUUUAUGCUAUUUGCUGUCCAAGCUAACAUAUUACUACCAUUAUAUGAUGCAACUCUACGUCAAAACAGGAAGCUCAAAUACCUACAUUAUGUUUCGGCUUUUUCAACUUUUAUCUUGGUGGAUUACUGGAUUUACAAACUCGUCAACUACAAAUUCCUACUUUAUUGGCUUUUGUCGGUUUUUGUUGCCAUGUUCUUGAUGCCAGCGUAUUUCUUAUCCUUGCAGAGAUACAAGAACGAAUUACAAGGACCAUGGGAUAUCGCAAAGCCAAAACUCAAUAGAGAAGCCUAUUAG